AUGCCUGCACUCACCGCUGGAAUCAUUUGCGUCAUGCUUUGGAAAGCAGUUGACAGCUUGGAGCCUGACAUUUUAUGGCCUCCUGAAGAGAGUCGUAUCCAGCUCUUUGAUGACCUGGGCGACAUGUCCUUCCCAGUGGAUGCAUCAAGCUUGGCCCAACAGUAUUUUGACCAGGGCUUCCGAUUGAUUGCAGCCUUUGAUUUCCGACGAGCGGUGAUCUCGUUCCGCGCCGCGCAGAUAGCAGAUCCAAGCUGCAUCAUGUGCGUGUGGGGUGAAGGAUUUGCUUUGGGCCCAAAUCUCAACACCUUCGAUGAGCCCAGACUUUUGCAAAGCCUCCCCUUGGCUUAUGACAAAGCCGAGCAAGCGUUCCAGAUGAGUGCCUCGAAAUCCUACAAUGGAGUGCAGAGUGGCCGGCAUCGAAUUGAGACAGGGCUCGUUCGGGCACUGCGGACAAGAUACCGGGCCUCACCAGAAGACUACGUCAUGCACGAGCAAAAUCUUACGCACUCAUUCGUGAAUGAGAUGACACGAGUGCUUGGCGAGAGUGGAGGGCCCAGCGGGAACCCCAACCUAGCCGCACUCGCAGCAGAUGCCUUGAUGAACACCCAGCCGUGGAACUACUGGGUUUCACCAGGGCAAGCGAGGCACGAGGCUAACCAAGCUCUUCACAUCCUGGAGGAAGCAUUGCGGAGCAAUCCUAAGCAUCCAUUCUGUGUUCACCUCUAUGUCCAUGUAACGGAAGCGAGUGGCAACCUAUCCCUCCUACAUGCGGCGAGACCCUUUGCAGAAAUCUUGCCGAAUCUGAUGCCAGGGGCCCCCCACUUGGUGCACAUGAGCUUCCACACACUGAUGCACACAGGUGACUUUUAUGUGGCCGACAUGGACAAUGGCAGGGCAUCGUCACUUCCCAGACAAAUCUAUCCGAUGCACAAUCUUGACACGCUGUCCUGGGUAUGCAGAAUACAAGGCCGAUCAGCUUGUUCCAUGGACGCCGCUAAGUCGUUGGAACGUUUAGCGCUGCCGCUGGUUGGCACGGGAAUUUUUGAGACGGGCUUUCCACCUGCUCGUUUCGCGUCAGUGUGGCCUCUGACCUUGCUCGCAUUUGGGCACUUGACGGCCAUCACAUCAGCACAGCUGCCCGAACAAUGCAAACUGGAUCCGGUGCUUGCGGGCAUGUGGCAUUUUGCAAGGGGGGCUUCGUACGCCAAGCAAGGCUUCGCUUCCAAGGCAAAAGUGGAGCUCGAGCACCUGCGAGUGGAGCAGCUGAAGGUUCAAGAGCGCAUGGCCGUUCCGCCAGGCAUGGGUUGGCGCAACUUCAAUGGAACCAAGGAUUGGGCUGUUUAUCCUGCAGACCAGAUCCUGCGUUUGGCCAGUCUCGAGUUGAAGGCCCAUCUGGCAAGGGCGGAGCACGCAGAUGAGCUGGCAGCGUGGAGGGAAGCCCUAGCAGCAGAGGCCUCCUUGCCCUACGACGAGCCUCCGGCCUGGUACUUGCCCACUGCGAAUCGCGCUGGCGAGGCCCUUGCAAGAAUGGGCCAGUUUGCCCAGGCAGAGCAUGUGUGGCAGGAAAGCCUGAGCAGGCUCCCCCACAAUGGCUGGGCGUUGUUUGGAUUGCUGCAGCUGUGCCUGAACGCCGCAUCUGCAAGAUCCCCAGUUCACUGCACGCAGCUGGAGAGCAAAUUUAAUCGCUCCUGGCAUCACGCCGAUGUGCUACUUCGGGACCCAGCUGAUGCAUGCACCCUGUUCGCGGAGCCAAGUGAGGAUGAGCAGACAAGUACCUUAAAUGCGUCACCGGUAUCUGGUUUGGCCUUGGCCGCAGCAGCUGCUGCCGUUACCACUCUUUCGAUUGGCAUGGCGAGCUUCCUCGGCAUUUGCAGGAGGUCAUCUGCUUCUUGCAUGUCCUGUGCCUACCACCGGUUGCCUGACGCCGAAUCGGCAAUGCCCCAUGGAGCAUCUCCCAACUGA